GCGGAGGCGCGCAUGCGCAGAAGGCGCGUCGCUGUCACCUGCUGCUCGUAGGGCUCAGACACGACCUACACCAGUGUGGCCCUUUUACCCUGCAAAAGACAGCACUCAGCCUGGCCAGAGAUAGGGCAGCGACUAAGUGCUUCACAUGGCAGUGUCGUGCUGUGCUGACGUGAUGCACUGAGCCUCUCAUGGCUGUCAGCACCAUGGACUCCGAGUCAGCCCGGACCCCUCAACCCCAGGCUGGCCUGGCUAAAGGAGGAACCUCCCUGUUGCCUUCUGGGACUCUGAGUGCCAGGUUGGACCAUCAGGGGAAACACUAUGUUUGUGGUUCCGUUGCAGCUUUUACCAAUAUUUUGGUGACCUUCCCCAUCCAGAAGGUGCUGUUCCGCCAGCAGCUGCAUGGCGUGGUAGCGGUUGAGGCGGUGCGACAGCUGCAGAGGGAUGGGCUCAGGAAUCUCUACCGGGGCCUUCUGCCUCCUCUGCUCCAGAAGAGCACCACAGUGGCCAUCAUGUUUGGGCUUUAUCAGGACUUCUCUAGAGUGUUGCAUGAUGGGGUUGGUGACAGGGGUGUGCCAGAGAUUGUCACAAAAAGCUUUGCCGCAGCUUUGGCAGGAACUGCAGAAGCCUUGCUAACACCGUUCGAGCGUGUACAGACUCUUCUCCAAGAUCAUCGGCACCACAGCCGCUUCAACAACACUGCCCACACCUUCCGCACACUUCUGUCCGAGUACGGCGUCAGAGAGUGUUACCGUGGCCUCGUACCCAUACUUCUCCGUAAUGGCCCCAGCAAUGUUCUCUUCUUUGGGCUCCGGGGGCCUAUUAAAGAGCUGCUCCCAGAGGCCACCAACAGGGCCGGCCAUUUGGUGAAUGAUUUUGUGUGUGGAGGGGUGCUUGGGGCGGCUCUUGGCAUUAUGUUUUAUCCACUAAAUGUGGUAAAAUCCAGGGCUCAAUCUCAGGUCGGGGGAGACUUCCAGCCGUGCAGGAAGGUCCUGUUGACAGUGUGGAGAGAGAGGGGGGGCAGCCUGGCCAUGCUCUUCAGAGGGGCCCACCUCAACUACCACCGCUCACUCCUCUCCUGGGGGAUCAUCAACGCCACCUACGAGCUGCUGCUGAAGCUCGUAUGAGGAGAGAAGGAAGAAUUGAAAGGGAAAACCCAUAUGAAGAUAUAGAAGCAGUUUUAAAGAUAGAAAUUGCGAAGGAAAGUUGAUGCAAGUGAUGCCUGGAACUGUUACUGAAACAGAGAUUCCAUGCUUGGGAGAAAGAGAUGUUGCACUUCUGACCGGGGCCAACAGUCAGUGUAAGAUAACCAGCUGCCAUUGUUACAUUUCAAUGUUGUAAAAGUAUUCAAACGCAAUUCAUGCUUCAGCCUUCACAAAAAAAACUGUGCCAGGGUCCAAAAGGAACGCCCUUGAUUGCUCUUUGUUCAGAAAGGUUGGAAGAGGUUUUUUUUUGUUUUUCCUGUUUAACAGUUUCAGAGGAAAGGUUAACUGUCUGAUGAACUAUCUUGCAGAUAUUCUUUCUUUGUAUAUUAUGUGUGCUGUGGUGUUUUUGAGACCGUAUCUACCUGUUCGUAAGAUCAAGAGCACUUUCUCUGUCUCAGCUCAAAUUCUGCCACUUAAACACUUUGUGCUUUUGAUCAUUUAAAUGUUCACAAAGUAAUUGUUUAGAAGAGUGAUGAAUUGUUGGCCUGUUUGUUUAUGCUCGCCUUAUGCUCGCGCUUCACUCAUUCAGAGUGCAUGCUAUCAGAAUCCAAUAAGAAGGCUAAUGCCAAAAAAUUAAGUUGAAAUCAGUAUAAUUAUUUUUGAAAAUAUGGAAAGAAAAAUUGAAAUGGCGAGAUUUUAAAAAAGGGGUUUCUAUUGUCAUGAUUACUUUGUGAAAUGAUUUUGCUAAAUGCAGGUAAUUUUGAAUUUUGUUUUUCCCAAGUGCCACUGGCAGGGUGUAUUUGAUGAUGUUUGUUAGUAAAACAAGUUACACAGA